AUGCAGCAAAAUUCUGAUCUUCAAUAUGAAACGUUAGAAAUAUUAUAUAAAAUUAUAAGAGAAAAUAAUAUAUUUGCCAAAUCUUAUGAAAUGAUGAAAGAAGAAAUAAAUAAUCAACAAACUUUAUUAGAUCCUAAUGAAACAGUUCCAGAGUUGCAAUUAUUAUUUACAUUAAAGCCAGGUACUGAUAGACGAAGAUACAAUUUUCAGCGAACUAAUGAAGUUGCUGCUAUUUUUUCUACAACGGCUGAUAGCGAAAUUCCAGAGUCUUAUGUAACUAUUCGAAACAAGAAUACUAAAACUUUACAGUAUGUCAGUACAAUGGAUCCUAAUGUGGAACCAUGGAUUUAUCCACUAUUUUAUCCUUACGGAACUCAAGGAUGGCAUCAAAAUUUACAACGUAUUAGUACAAAUAAUAAUGGUAAUCUUCGACGUGUAACACGUUUAGCUUACACAAGAUACAAAAUAGCUAUUAGACCCGACGAAUUUAAUCCUUUUAUUAUGGGACGUAGAUUGUUGCAACAAUAUGUAGUACAUUCUUAUGUUAAAAUAGAAAAAGAUAGAAUUAUGUAUUGCAAAAAUCACCAAAAAGAAAUUAAGGCAGAUACAUAUCAAGGUUUGCAUGAUUAUAUGCAACGAUCUGCUAAUGAUAUGAAUGGACAAGUUGGAAAAACAAUUAUUCUUCCAUCAACAUUCAUCGGUUCACCCCGCCACAUGCAACAGUGUUAUCAAGAUGCAAUGGCCAUAAUUAAUCGCAAGGGUAAACCUGAUAUUUUUCUUACAAUGACGUGUAACCCCAAGUGGUCAGAGAUAACAGAAAAUCUUUUACCUCAUCAACAAGUUUCUGAUAGACCCGAUAUAGUAGCCAGAGUAUUUCAUUUAAAAAAAGAACGUUUACUUGACUUUAUUAUAAAAAAAAAUUGUUGGACAAGUUGCAGCAUAUGUAUAUUCAUUGAUUUUCAAAAAAGAGGUUUACCACACAUGCACUUAUUAAUUACUUUAGCACAUGGUUUUAAAAUUACCACGCCUGAAAUUGUUGAUAAAUUUAUUUCUGCCGAAAUCCCUGAUGCUCAAAAACUAACAUUGCAAGAAAUAGUUUUGAAAAACAUGAUACAUGGUCCUUGUGGUAAUUGGUGUAAGGUGGAAGGAAAAUGUUCUAAAAAAUUUCCUAAACGUUUUGUAGACGAGACAAACAUGGAUGAAAACGGUUAUCCUAAUUAUCGUAGAAGAAAUACUGGAAUUACAUACGAACUAAAUAAUGGCAAUGUAGUUAACAAUACAUGGGUCGUACCAUAUUGCCCAACUUUAUUAGAGAUGUUCAACUGUCAUAUCAACGUAGAAGUAGUGACAAGUAUCCGAUCAGUUAAAUAUUUAUAUAAAUAUAUUUAUAAAGGUCAUGAUGCUGCUAAUAUUGUAAUUGGUGAAUCUAAUGAAGAAACACUAAUUAAUCACGAUGAGAUUCAAGAUUUUCUAGAAGCUCGAUAUGUCGGACCUGUUGAAGCAAUCUACCGCAUACUUAGUAAAAUAUUACAAGACAAAAGUCAUGCUAUAAUAAGAUUGGCAGUACAUUUACCCUAUCAACAAAGCAUUAUUAUUGUUGGCAAUGCAAACAAUAUUAGAGAAAAUCUUAAUUGUUCAAGUAGCACGUUACUAGAUUAUUUCAAGCUGAACUUAGAAAAUCCUGAAGCAAGACAAUAUUUCUAUGCAGAUAUUCCUAGCUACUUUGUGUAUAAGAAACAAAAGAUUGAUGGUUUGACCGUUUCCAGUUGGACAGUUCGUAAACAACAGUUCAAUUGUAUUGGACGUUCUACAAGUUUUGAUGAUUUAAAAACUGUUGAUGGUGUCAUACAACCUACAUUUACAGCAGCAUGUUUAGCUUUAGGCUUUAUAGAAGACGACGAAGAAUGGAUGAGAGCAAUGGAAGAAGCAACAGUAUGGAUGAUGCCUACACAACUUCGAAGAUUGUUUGUUCGCAUUUUGAUCCACUGUCAACCUGUUCACCCUGAAGAAUUAUGGGAAAAAUUCAAAGAUGCAAUGUCUGAAGAUUUUUCACGAACAAAUGAAAUAACUAUAAGUUAUCAAAAAGCUUAUGCUCAUGUUAAUACCUUAUUAAAUAUGGAAGGUAGAGCUUUAACUGAUUUCCCUACAAUGGAACAAAGAGUAGAACAACAUACAUUAGACGAUAAUACUAAUAACGCAGCUUUACCUCAAAUGGCAGAACUUGGUCAACAGCAAUAUGGACAAUUAAACACUGAACAGAAGGAAAUUUAUACACAAUGGAAUUUACUGGAAUUGCUGCAACAUUACUCUCGCAUGGAAAGACAGUACACAAAACGUUUGGUUUGCCAGUUCCAAUGUAUCACGAUUCAUCAUCAAGUAUCAAGGCGCAAACCAAAGAAGCUCAAAUUCUAA